AACAUUCCUGGAGUUGCGCCCCCUUGCCCGCUUGGCGGCGCUGCGGUAGUUACGGUCCAACAUUCAUCGUUGUAUCCGCGGGAACAUAUAAACUUCAGUCGACAUUGACCCACUUGCUUUUCUGUAAACAGCCGGUAGUACUUGAAGGCCUAUUUCUAUCAUGAAUUACGGAAGCUGGAAGUUGCCCGAACUGAAGACUGAGCUCAAAGCACGAGGUGCUCGAGUGUCAGGAAGAAAAAUCGAUCUGAUAGAACGACUCGAGAGCUAUGACCGAAACUGCAAUUUUGGGAGAGAGCCAGAACUUGAAGCUGAGUUUGAAAUGACACUGCCCCUAGUUGAAACUUAUAGGGAUGUAAAUGGAGACAGUCAUCUUCCUUUUUUAGCAUAUGAAGCUAUAAAUUAUUACUUACAGCCUUUUCAGAAGAAACUUGGUUCAAGUUCAAUGAAUCUGUACACUAGUAGGUUUUUGAAAUUUUUUCGUUAUUCAAAACCUAAUAACAUGUGUUUCCUGAAGUCUGAGUGCUGUGCUGAAAUGAAGAAGCAUGUGACUUACAAAGUCGAUAUUGCUAUUGAUGACGAUGGUUCUGUUGUGGAGGGGCAGUGUGAGUGUGCUGCAGGCCAGGGUCCAUCAGGACAUUGCAAACAUAUUUGUGCAGUGUUAUAUGCUAUGCACAAGUUUUCAACAACUGGCGAUGUUUUAACUGAAGAAACAUGUACUCAAAGAUUACAAACAUUUCAUAAAAGUAAACCCUAUAAAGGCAGUCCCAUAAAGGCGACUGACCUUGAUUUAUGCAACAGUGAAUUGAAUGUUAUUUUUGACCCACGACCAGUUCAGUAUCGCCAAGUGCCAAAUUACCCUGACUUUUUCCGCAAUGUUUGGUUGAACCACCCUAGUGUCAAUACAUUUCCAGUUGCUCAAAUGUUUCCUCCAGCAAAUCCAUUUGCUGUUAAUCAUGAUCAUGAUUAUCUUAAGUUAUCUUUAGCUGACCAAUACCUGAAAUCCCAGAAUAUAUCAGAAAUAUCAGAUAUGGACAAAACCAACCUUGAAAUAAUAACCCGUAAACAGUCAAAGAGCGAGGAAUGGAAAACUGAACACACACAGAGAAUUUCUUCUUCCAAUUUUGGGAAAAUUUGUUUGGCAACAGACAAAACUGAUUUUCAUAAACUUGCUAGAUCAAUGACUAAGCCUUUCGAGGACAUUCAAAGUCCACCACUUAGACAUGGCAGAAAAUAUGAAAAGGUGGCAAUAAAAGCUUUUGAAAAGUCAAGUGGUUUCAAAACCUCACCAUGUGGCAUGUUUGUGUCAGAUGUUCAUCCAUUUCUCGCAGCUUCACCUGAUUCACUUCUCAGUGAUGAUACUACCAUUGAAGUGAAAUGUCCAUUUGCAUCUAAAGACCGUCUAAUCUCUGAGAUAACUGUUCCCUAUUUGAAGGUAUCUGAGGGAAAACUUACCCUUGACAAAAGCAAGCCAUAUUUCUUUCAAGUGCAAGGGCAGCUCUACUGUACUGGUAGAAAACAGUGCAUUUUUAUUGUAUACACGAUGAAGGAUUUGAAAUAUUUUACUGUAUCCCGAGAUGACCAUUUCAUUGAAUCCAUGGUUGAAAAACUUGUGGCAUUUUAUGACACCUUUUUCAAAAAGGCACUACUUGACAAAUUCUAUUUCAGAGAUUAUGACAGGUAUUCCUGGUAAAUUUCAGUUACUGCUGAUACUCAUGUGUCAAUGGUCAUCAGCCCUAUAAACAAGAAAGACAGAAUUGUAGUCUCAAUGUUUAAUGCUGAACAUAUUAUAUUCUGCAUAUAUGGACAUUCACAAACAAAAAGUUAUGAAAAAACUUGCGGGGCUCCAUUUAAGGAUGAUAUUUCACCAGAUGCAUGUUGACGUGAAAAGAGUUGCAUCAGACAAAACCAGGUUGAACUCUGGUCCCAUACAUUGAUGUAUUCACUUGUGUAAAUAAAUACAAUCUCAGAUGUUUAUUAAGACAUUUAGUACUUACUGUUACAGUACUAUGUGACAAUGGCAUCCAUCUCUUAAUCACUCCAGUAUUUAUAAGUUGGAUAAUCUAAAUAUCACAACGUACACACUGGUCCCAUACAUGGAUGCAUUCACUAGUCUAAAUAAAUACAAUCUCAGAUGUCAGUUCAUACUUACUGUUACAUAGAGAAUCUCACCCGAUGUAAUUUCAUUGCAGCGAUAUCUACAGUGUAGAUAUCGCUUGAUCUCAUCCAAGCGAUAUCUCCUGUGGGAGCCAGUUUUGGAUGAUAAAGUACUAUAUGACCAGGCACCUCAUUAUCAACUACUUGAAAGAAAAAAUGGUCUGUAAAAAAAAAUAAUCUAAAUAUGUAUGUGAAUCAUUAAUUGCCUGUUUUUAAAUUUGAUGUGAUGCUAUAAUCAACUGACAUCAUUGCUGACUGGCUAGUAUUGAGCACAACCACCAGUGGCUUAGUUAAUGACAUAAAUCCUGCUGGGGUAUCGUGCAGGAAGCAGAGGCACCGUAAGUCCCCAUGAUCCCCGGUGAGGUGGCCUAGCUUUGGUUUCUGAUGGCCUAUAACCCGUGUUUUAAAACUGUAUAAAUAUUGUUAUGUCCAAAUGUGUAUGAAAAAAUGUUUUUAAAUAUACCUUUGCAUUCAUGAGUAAAUUGUGUAUAUCAACUUGGUCUUGUCGCUAUAUGGCUGAAAUAGUAUUGAUGUGACAUUAACUUUUAACUCCUUUUGUGACGAUGGCAACCAUCUGUUAAGUACUCCAGUAGUUAAUAGUUGGAAGAUCUAAAUAUAGAUGAAGCAGUGCAAUACAGUGCAAUACAUAAUCACAAUUCAGUGUCCAUACUCAUAAAUAUCAUCACUGCUUGAAGCAUACUCCUUCAGCUCUAUAUCUGAGGAAUUACAACUGUCAUGUGAUUAUUAUCUGCAGCUGAACUGUUUGAGGGAAUGAUAAAAAAACAUUGUCAUUGACUUCUUUCUUGUCAUGAUUGCCUUUUAUAACAUCUGAGAGAGCUGAAGCAACAGCACUAAGAUGUGCCAAAUAUCUGGACCGGUCUAGCUGCUGCCAGUAUCAUAUGAAACAAGAAUACACAGCCAUGGGACACAAUAAAUUACAAUUUGUUUCUCAGUAAACAUGUA